AUGCCUGAAUUAGAGCCACUGGGCGCACCCAGACCCCCAGCCAAUGCCAGCCAGAUCCAGAGGAAUAUCUUGGAGGAACAUGUGGAGCUGUGGUGGUUCCAAGAGCCCAGAAAGUCAUUUAUCUGCUACGGAGUAGCUGUAGCAUUGAUUCUUGCCUGCGGGGUAGGUGGCAUUGCACUGCUGUACAGUACAAGCAGCCGCUCUGGGGAAUGGAGGCUGGCAGUGGGCACAACACUCUGCCUGCUGGCGCUCUUGGUACUGCUGAAGCAGCUGCUGAGCUCCGCCAUCCAGGACAUGAAUUGCAUUCGCAGCCGAGAGCAAGUUGAGCUGCUGAAGAGCGGUGGUGCCUCGGACUGCGCAGUGCUGCUGCUGACAGCCCUGGUGCUGCUGGUGUGCGGCACCGUCCUCACUGUGCUUUCCACCACCAGAGUUGGCAGCAGCCCAACUACUCCACACCCCCUUGCCAACAUGUUUGUCAGUGGCAUCGUGCUCACAGCCUCUGGAGCUAUCAUCCUGCUCAGCCUGCUCCUGUAUUUGAUGUGGACUUCCUGUUGUUCAGCUGCACCUCAAACCCAGGACACUGGCAACAACAGUUCCCUCUUCACCAUAUCAGGGCGCAUCUCAGCCAACCGGCGGCUUGCUCCUACCUCCAGCACAGCAAAUCUCAUUUAG